AUGUUGUCGAGAUCUUAUUUCAAUCUGUUGAACUUCGAUGACUAUUCGACUGGAGGUGAUCGGGCCCGGGUUCCGAGAGUGAUUUCCGUUCCGGGAAUCAUAUCUGAUUUUGAAGAUCAUGAUGAAGGGGUAGAAUCUGAUGCAGCAAUUUCCCCCGUUCAUCAAGAAAGAAGAGUUAUUGUAGCCAAUCAGCUACCUCUAAAGGCAUAUAAAGAUUCAGAAACCAAAAAAUGGUGCUUUGAUUGGGAUGAAGAUGCCUUAAUUUUACAACUGAAAGAUGGAUUUUCACCAGAUGUGGAAUUUGUGUAUGUGGGGUGCUUGAGGGUGGACAUUGAUCCACUAGAACAAGAAGAAGUGGGUCAACUUUUGUAUGAAAAUUUCAAAUGCGUGCCUACUUUUUUGCCAGUGAAUUUGAUGAACAGAUUUUAUCAUGGUUUUUGUAAGCAUUAUCUGUGGCCUUUAUUUCAUUACAUGUUGCCUUUUACACCUGAUCAUGGAGUCAGGUUUGAUAAGGACAUGUGGCAGGCUUAUGUUUCGGCAAACAAGGUUUUUGCAGACAAGGUUAUGGAGGUGAUCAACCCAGAUAAAGAUUAUGUUUGGGUACAUGAUUAUCAUCUCAUGGUACUACCUACUUUCUUGAGGAAAAGGUACAAUAGAGUAAAGCUUGGAUUUUUCCUUCAUUGUCUUUUUCCUUCAUCAGAAAUUUAUAAAACUUUGCCAGUUAGGGAGGAAAUUUUGAGGGCCCUUUUAAAUUGUGAUCUUAUUGGAUUCCAGACUUUUGAUUAUGCUAGGCAUUUCUUGUCAUGUUGUAGUAGAAUGCUUGGAUUGGAUUACCAAUCCAAGAGGGGGUAUAUUGGUCUAGAUUACUAUGGUAGAACUGUUAGUAUUAAAAUUCUACCUUUUGGAAUUCAUAUGGGUCAGAUUAAAUCAAUUAUGUCGUUAUCGGACACUGCAAAGAAAGUUAAGGAAUUGAAGGAAAAGUAUGAGGGGAAAAUUGUGUUGUUGGGUGUAGAUGACGUGGACAUGUUUAAGGGUAUUGGUUUGAAGUUUGAAGCCUUUGGGCAGCUUUUGGACGAGAAUCCAAGAUAUAGGGGAAGUGCUGUUUUGGUUCAAAUUAUGAACUCCCCGAGGAGUCAGGGAAAUGAUAUCCAAGAGGUUCAGAACGAGAUUAAUAAAGUUGCGACAGAAGUUAAUCGACGAUAUGGUAGUGCAAGCUAUGAACCAAUUGUUUGUAUCAAUGGCCCUGUUUCUUUUCAAGAUAAGGUUGCGUAUUAUGCGAUCUCUGAGUGUGUUGUGGUAACUCCUGUGAGGGAUGGAAUGAAUUUGGUGCCUUAUAAGUACACUGUAUCUAGGCAGGGCAGUCCUUUUUUGGAUGAGGCGUUGGGACUUGAGGGAUCAGCCGCUCCAAGGAAAAGUGUUAUUAUUGUCUCAGAAUUUAUAGGAUGUUCUCCAUCUCUAAGUGGUGCAAUCCGAGUGAAUCCAUGGAACAUCAGUUGUGUGGCCGAGGCGAUGCAUUCAGCAAUUUCAAUGCAGGACUCAGAGAAAGAAUUGCGCCAUGAGAAGCAUUGCAAGUAUGUUACAUCGCAUGAUGUUGCCUAUUGGGCCAGGAGUUUUGAUCAGGACCUAGAGAGAGCUUGUGCUCAGUAUUACCAAAAGAGGUGUUGGGGCAUUGGAUUUGGUUUGAAUUCCCGAGUCGUUGCCUUGGGGCCUCAUUUCAGGAAGCUUUCUGUGGAGCACAUUGUUUCUGCAUAUAAGAAUACACGUAGUAGGCUUAUCCUUCUUGACUAUGAUGGUACCAUGAUGCCACAAGAUUUAAUUGACAAAUCUCCGUGUCAAGCAGUUAUUUCCGUCUUGAAUGGUUUAUGCAAUGAUCCAAUGAAUGUUGUGUUUAUUGUUAGUGGCAGAGGGAAGGAUUCAUUAGAAAAGUGGUUCUCUCCAUGCGAGAGACUCGGGUUAUCUGCAGAACAUGGCUACUUCACCCGGUGGACUAAGAGUUCUGCAUGGGAAUCUUGCGGUUUAACAGUUGACUUGAGCUGGAAAAACAUAGUUUUGCCUAUAAUGGAGCAUUAUACAGAGGCUACUGACGGUUCGUCAAUUGAACAAAAGGAGAGUGCUUUAGUGUGGCAUCAUCAAGAAGCCGACCCCGAUUUUGGCUCAUGGCAGGCAAAAGAGCUUCUUGAUCACUUGGAGAGCGUUCUUGCUAAUGACCCCGUGGUUGUUAAAAGAGGCCAGCACAUUGUUGAGGUGAAACCACAGGGUGUGAGCAAAGGCGUGGUCGUUGAGAAUCUUAUUACAACCAUGAGGAACACUGGGAAGCCACCCGAUUUUGUGUUGUGCAUAGGGGACGACAGAUCUGACGAGGAUAUGUUCGAGAGCAUUGCAAGUUCGCUUACCAGCCGUUCAUUGCCUGAUACAGCAGAAGUAUUUGCGUGCACCGUCGGUCAGAAACCGAGUAUGGCCAAGUAUUAUCUGGAUGAUACAUUCGAAGUCAUCAAAAUGCUUCAAGGCCUUUCAGCUGCAUCAGCACGUCAAUUACUGAAGUCUCCCCAUAAUCAAGUCGAUUGA